AUGAUUAAUUUCACAGGAAAUACAAAGAAAAGGGUAGUGAAUUUAGGAAAUAAGAAAUCGAAUGAUGCCACCAAUUAUUUGGAGAAGACCCGAUUGCAAAGGCAACAGCGAGAAGAACAGAGACAAAGAGAAAGGUCAAGUUUAGUAAUACAAUCUUAUAUUAGAAGAUACAUCGAUUUAUCAAAGCAAUACGAGAUAUGGAGACAAGAGUGGACUGAUGAGAUGAGACAUUGGAAGAGUGAAGAGGAUUGGUGUAAGUGGAUUAGCAAAUUUCUGUUCUUGUGUAGAUGGGGUAGAUCAAGACAUAAUUUGGAUAUCACUUGCCGCCAACUAGCGUUGUUUUAUGAAGGGCUUAACAGAAAUUGUUUGAUUUCUAAGUAUGAAAUCAACUCGUGCUUAUAUGACCUGUUGAUAAAGAAUUUAAUAAAUUUGAUAAGCGCUCUCAAUAGGUCGAAGAAAUCUACUGGUUGUAUAAGCAUUAUAUGUGAUUGCAUGUCAAUGCUAAUAUCUAAGUAUAGCACGACUACCCAUAGGUAUACAAAUUUGAUACUUUAUUUAUCUGAUAGUUUACUAAAACUAGAUGUACCUGAUGAAACUGCAAACAAAAUGAUACAGUUGAUGUUUGACAUAAAUAUUAAUGACUCUUAUAAGCAUUUUAUUGAAUUCUUAUCCAUCCCAAAUAUCUUUCAUUCAAUUAAUGCUAAAGGAAAUCAGUACUUAUUAGAUGUAUUGAGAAAACAAAUACCGAUAGACAAUUCGACAAAUAUUUUAAGUCCACUAGCGAACUUGCAGAAAAUCAACUUACUUGUCAACAUAUUGAAAAUACAUGGAGAUUGUAAGUUUAUUGCAUCAGAUUACAUAGUAAUUGGCAUGGUGCUAUCUACGAUUUCCUUUUCAAUUAAGGAUAGAACAAACCUUGACGAAGAUGGGAUAGACGAAGACGAAUUGGAAAGGACUGAUAUUUUUGUUGAUUCCAAUACCCAUAGAUCUACAGAAGCAAUAAUACCAGUAAGCAAAGAAGUAAUAGAACGGUUACAAGUGCUAUACUCAGCAAGCUUUAUAAAACAGGCUAUAGAAUACUUCACAAAUGCGAACGACUCACUUUCACAGCUAGCGCUCCACAUUUUUGCCACUUUAACAUAUUUAAUUCCAGUUUCGAAAAGUAAACUUUGUAUAUUAAUUACAAUUACUCCAGGUUCAUAUAAAUGGUUCUACCAUCAGUUGAGAAAGGAUCCUAUCUACAAAUAUAUUGAACAAAAAAGCGUACAGAAUUAUGAUUAUUUGCGUUCUGAUGACCUAAUUCAACUUUAUUCCAAGAUUCCAGUAAACUUAGUAUCAAAUUUUUGGAAGACUUUGUAUACAUUUGAAGAAUUAUAUUCUUAUUGGCUUAUAGUUUCAAAUGAUUUGGAAAGUUUCUCUGAAGAUAAGCUAAGCUUACAAGAAGUCUCGAAAUUCAUAGAAUUCUUAAAGACUAUUUGCUUGACCUUGAUUUUUAAUGGUAAUAACAGUAAUUUAUUUAACGAGUUUGCAAAGCUUAAGGAGAUUUCAAUCUCUUUGCUUAAUCAAUUGUACAGCAAAAAUUCUAGACUUAAGUUUUUACCAGAUACAUUUUGGAAGCCAAAUGAAUUAAACUUUAAUAUUGAUAAUAUGUUACAACUAAUUAUUGAUGAAGAAGAAAGAAGACAAGAAAUGGAGGUUGAUUUACUGGACAACGAUUCAGAUUUGGAACUUAAUGGUGAUGAUUUGACACAUGUAGGCUCAUCUAAAAAGCCAAAAUUUGCAAAGGCAAACAGUGAUACUUUAUCAAAGCUAGAAGUGCUAAAGAAACUACCGUAUUUUAUAUCUUUUAAGGAUAGAGUUAAAGUGUUACAAACUCUAAUUCAAAUAGAUAGAGAAAAAUUAAUGGGCCCCGAUACCUUUUCAUUUUUCCAAGCACCAAAGAGACUAAAAGCAGAUAUUCGAAGAGAAUCUUUAUUUGAAGAUGCAUUUAAUAGCUUCCAUAAAUGUGGAUCAGAUUUUAAACAUACGUUGAGUGUGACUUUAUUCAAUGAACAAGGUGGCCAAGAGGCAGGAAUAGACGGGGGAGGAAUUACGAAAGAGUUCCUAACAAGUGUUGCAAUGGAAGGGUUUCAUCCACAAGGUAAAUUUGAAUUAUUUAAAGAAACAGCAGAGAAUCAGUUAUACCCAAGUGAUGAAAUAUACAAAAUGCUAAGCAAAAAGCUUAAUAUUCAAGAGCAACAACAAAAAUUAAUGUAUUUGCGAUUUUUGGGUAAUAUAAUUGGGAAGUGUUUCUACGAAAAUGUAUUAAUUGAUUUGUCAUUUGCACCAUUUUUUUUAAACAAAUGGUGCAGUUUUAAUAGAGGGCAGAAUUCCAUGAAGAAUUCUAUAAAUGAUUUAAACUAUUUAGACCGAGAAUUGUUCAAGAAUUUAAUGAAACUAACUAGUAUGGAUUCAAAAGAGUUGGAGCAGCUUGAUUUAAAUUUUACUAUUGAUGAAAAGAUUAACGAUCUCAACUGCACAUUUGAUUUGUUACCUCCGAAUGGAGCAGAAAUUAAAGUUGAUCAGUCAAAUAUAUUGAAUUAUAUUCAUCAAAUAUCCAAUUUUAGAUUGAAUCAAUCCUUACACGUUCAAACAAAAUUCUUUCUUAAUGGAUUAUUUGAAAUUAUUUCGUCUAGCUGGCUAAGUAUGUUUGAUGCAUACGAGUUACAAAUGUUAAUAUCUGGUGGUGAGAAUGAUGUAAAUAUACAAGACUGGAAAGAGAAUGUUGAAUAUGGAGGAUACUUUGAUGAUGAUAUAACUGUUGUAUAUUUCUGGGAAGUCAUAAGUGAAAUGAAUCCAGAAGAGAGGUUCAAGUUGAUCAAGUUUGUGACGUCUGUUUCAAGAGCUCCUUUAUUAGGGUUUGGAUCUCUAAAUCCUAAAUUUGGGAUUAGAAAUGCUGGUAGAAGUAUUGAUAGACUACCAACUGCUUCAACGUGUGUAAAUUUAUUAAAGCUACCUGAUUACCAAGAUAAAGAAUUAGUACGGUCCAAGCUAUUAUAUGCUAUAAAUACGGAGGCAAGGUUUGAUUUAUCGUGA